CGCACACCUAAUAUUCAACAUCGUUAAUUGGACAGGUAACUGCCGUGUGAGCACAUCAAGCGAGUUGCAGUUUGGUCCUCGCAGUCCACAUCAGCUACAGUAAUACGGUGGAUUAACUUCAUAUAAGUCGUUUAUCUGGGUUAGUACGCAUUUCACGUGAUUUUAAUACUUUUAAGCUGAUUUAAUCAUAUAUAUUAUGCCCCCCGUUAAAAAGAAGCUAGCUGUAGCUGAUGUGUUCGCGGACGACUCAGAAAAUGAGAGUUCAUUUUACGGAUUCUCUGAACUCAGCGACAACAACGAACAAAAGUCAAAUUCAGAAGAUGGAGAUGAAGCCCAGUCUGAGUUUUCCCCCAAGAGGAAGAAGACCAAAUCCAAAUCAUCUUCAGGAGCACAACCUUUCAGGCUGAGGGUGGUUCUCCGCUCCAACCCAUCUACCCAGCAGUCCACCGAUGAUGAAGAGGAGGAGGAGGAGAAAGAGGAAGAAAAGAGGUCAAUGAAAAGAGGGAUGAAGAAGGCAGGGAACACCAGUCGCUCUAAAAGGAGAAAACAGGUGACAUUUGAAGAUGAGGUUGAGGAUUCAGAGGUGGCUCAACCGUCUGCUGCUGAGGAGCUUGGAUCUGAUUCAGCAGGAGAGGCUGCUGAUUCCUUCCUAGCCAAAAGACAGCAGAACAUCAAGGCCAACAAAGCAAUGUUGGCCCAGCUGAUGGCAGAUCUGCAGAAGAUGCCAGGAGGGGCAGGCUUUCUGAAAAAACAAGCAGGCAAACAGAAAUCAAAAGGGAAAAGUAUUCGUAAACCACGCUCUGGAGGAGAGUCCAAGAGGAACCCGGAGCGUGCGUCUCGCAGACUUACCCGCUCUAUGGGGGCAAGUGAAGACCCUGUAGUGCCGAAGGAGGAAGAGCUGGAGUUCAGCCUGGAGGAGGAGCUGCUGGAGGUACGCAAAGCCCCACAGCGCAGAGGUGCCCCACGCCCUAAUCAGGGGAAGCCUCAUGAAAUCCGCCCUGUUGAGGACAUCACAGAGGAUGAGCUUCAGCUGGUUGCAGAAACAAUGACUGAAAAAGUCUACAACAAAGUUACUGGUUCCACGUGCCAUCAGUGCCGGCAGAAAACUAUUGACACUAAGACGUGCUGCCGCAGUGAGGAGUGUCGGGGGAUUCAGGGUCAGUUCUGUGGGCCAUGUCUGAGGAACAGAUAUGGAGAGGAUGUCAGGAAGGCGCUGCUUGAUCCGGAGUGGAAGUGUCCCCCCUGUAGAGGGAUCUGUAACUGCAGUUUCUGCCGCCUGCGGGAGGGCCGCUGCCCGACCGGCAUCCUGUUCCCCCUCGCUCAGUACCACGGCUUCUCUGACGUCCACUCCUACCUCAGCAGCCUACGCAACAAACUGAAGAAUGAGAAUGAUGUAGAGAUGUGAUACCGACACUAGGGGGGGCAGUUGUUCAUUUUUAUUGUCUGUAUUAGUGUCAGUUUUCUUUCUUGUUAAACAUACACAGCUUGAUGUUUUUACCAAAUAAAGUCUUUUUUGAUCAGCUGA